AUGACAGAACCAAAUCCAACAGUAAAAUUGACCGAACCUACUCCAAAAAGGGAGCCAGAAGAUUAUUUUGACCAAACUCAAGACAAAGCAGUCUCUUCUGCCUUGGUAGGUGACGAAGAUGAAGCCAUCACACAAGAGCCAAAAAGAACAGAGGGUAUGCUGUUAGAUGUUCCAGAAAAAACAGAAGUAAGUAACUCAGAUAAUGAUGAUAAUGGCUCUGAUGUCACAAGUGUCACUAUGAGUGAACAAGGAAGUGGGUACGAAAGAGAAUCUAACGAAUGUACAGAAUGUUGUAUUGACUUAAUCGGUUGUUUUGGAUUAUUCGAUUCCUGUUGUCCAUCUACGGGAGAGGGUUUCAUAACCAACCUAGGGGUAUUCUGUGGUAAUCUUCUCGUUGGAUGUUGUAAAUGUUAA